CCCGGCGCGGAUCACACCCAGAAGCUGGUCGAUAUGGCCAUUCCCCUGUUCAUCUUCGCCACAACUGUCUGUCGUUUUAUUCAGGAUCGAAGACUUGGCAGCCCGAAGAACCAGUUGGCGAAAAUCUUAGAGCACCAGACAAGCCGGAGGUCUACCCUAGACGCGACCUACCUCCCUGUGCUAGAUCAGUUGCUGAUCAACUAGACCUGCUUCACUCUGUAUUAAGCAUUCCCUCGGAUCCAAACAUGCCCGUACGGCUACUCCAUCUGUCGUUCCGCGACUUCCUCGUCGACCCCAAGAAAGGCAAGGAACAAGAAAGGUACCCGUUUUGGAUCGACGAGCGAGAAACCCAUGGGCGGUUGGCGGCCCGGUGCCUGCACCUGCUGUCGACAGGCGACACCCUGAGGAGAGACAUCUGCAACCUGCGCCUGCCCGGGACGGCGCGGUCCGAGAUCGGCCAGCAGACCAUCCAUGACGCCCUGCCGCCCGAGGUCCAGUACGCCUGCCGGUAUUGGGUCUACCAUUGGAAGGAGAGCAAUUGUACGAUACGGGAUGGGAAUCUCGUCGAUCGCUUUUUAACCUGCCAUCUCCUGCACUGGCUCGAAGCGUUAGGCCUGUUGGGACGGAUCUCAGAAAGUGUGGGUAUGGUAGACGACUUGUUACGCCUACUCGACCCGGAAGAAAGCAGCAACGUCUCAGCGUUUCUUCGUGACACGCGGCGCAUUAUUCUAAGUCAUCGCUCAAUUAUUGAUAUAUCGCCACUCCAAAUCUACUAUUCGAGUAUUGUUUUUGCGCCAGAGCAGAGUGUGGUUCGAAAGACGUUCCGAAACCAAUUCCCGGCUUGGCUUUCCCUACUGCCGCAGGUCGAUUCGGACUGGGAUGCGUGUUUACAGACACUCGAGGGGCAUGGCGGAAACGUCAGUUCAGUCGCCUUCUCGCACGAUUCGAAGCUCGUCGCAUCGGCGUCGCACGACACAGUCAAGCUCUGGGACGUUGCCACAGGCGCCUGCACGGCAACAUUUGAGGAACAUGGCGGAAAUGUCCAUUCGGUCGCCUUCUCGCACGAUUCGAAGCUCCUCGCAUCGGUGUCGGCCGGUGACGCCAAGCUCUGGGAUGUUGCCACAGGCGCCUGCACGGCAACAUUUGAGAAACAUGGCUUCUCCGUUUCAGCCUUCUCGCACGAUUCGAAGCUCCUCGCAUCGACUUCGGACAACAGUUUCGUCGCAUCGGCGUCGCACGACCGCGCAGUCAAGUCGGACAACGGCACAGUCAAGCUCUGGGAUGUUACCACAGGCGCCUGCACGGCAACAUUAGAGGGACAUAGCGGCUCCGUCCAUUCGGUCACCUUCUCGCACGAUUCGAAGCUCGUUGCAUCGGCGUCGGAUGACCGCACAGUCAAGCUCUGGGACGUUGCCACAGGCGCCUGCACGGCAACAUUUGAGGGACAUAGCCACUGGGUCAGUUCGGUCGCCUUCUCGCACGAUUCGAAGCUCGUCGCAUUGGCAUCAUACGACAACAUAGUCAAGCUCUGGGAUGUCGCCACAGGCGCCUGCACGGCAACAUUUGAGGGACAUAGCAGCACCGUCAAUUCAGUCGCCUUCUCGCACGAUUCGAAGCUCGUCACAUCGGCGUCUGAUACAUUCACGUCAGACAACGGCACAGUCCAGCUCUGGGAUGUCGCCACAGGCACCUGCACGGCAACAUUUGAGGGACAUAGCGGCCCCGUCAAUUCAGUCGCCUUCUCACACGAUUCGAAGCUCGUCGCAUCGGCGUCGUACGACCGCGCAGUCAAGUCGGAUAACGGCAUAGUCAAGCUCUGGGAUGUUACUACAGGCGUCUGCACGGCAAUAUUAGAGGAACAUAGCGGCCGCGUCAGGUCGGUCGCUUUCUCGCACGAUUCGAAGCUCGUCACAUCAGCAUCAGCCGACCGCACAUCAAGCUCUGGGAUGUUACUACAGGCGCCUGCACGGCAAUAUUAGAGGAACAUAGCGGCCACGUCAGGUCGGUCGCUUUCUCGCACGAUUCGAAGCUCGUCGCAUCAGCAUCAGCCGACCGCACAGUCAAGCUCUGGGACGUUACCACAGGCACCUGCACGGCAACAUUUAAGGGACAUAGCGGCUCCGUCAAUUCAGUCGCCUUCUCACACGAAUCGAAGCUCGUCGCAUUAUCGUACGGCCGUGCAGUCAA